AAACUUCCAUGCAUUAUUCCUAAUUUCUUGAUAUAUUCAGCUUGAAAUGUUGUUAUUUUGAUCAAGUUUUCGAAAUCGGAGAGAUUCGCUUCGAGUUGGGCUAGUUGGGAAUGGAGAUGGCUUAGUUGUCUCUGCUUCAACGAGGAUGAGUUUUUACCGAUUGUGGAUCUUCUGAACAUAUUUUUGUGAUGAGUUUUAAAGUGAAGAAAUGAAUUUUAAUUGUUUUGUUUUGUUUUGUUUUGAUUUUGAUUUUGUUUUUUAUUUUCAUUUCAUUUUCGCGAUUUUGCAUUUAUCCUUGGAUUUGACUUGAGCCGAUGAAAAGAGCAAUUAGUGUGGAUUACAAUGUGGCUUUUAUAAAUUAGGGAUUGGAAAAUAAAUUUUAGAUUCCUAUUCAAUUCAAUUCACUUACAAUCAAACAAUUAUCAAUGUCAUACGGUAAACAAGCCCUCUCCAGAAUCGCUGGUAAAACAAUCUUCAUCACAGGUGCAUCCUCAGGGAUCGGUAAGGCUACAGCUUUAGAAUACGCUGAAGCUUCAAAUGGUGAUUUAAAAUUGAUCCUAGUUGCAAGAAGAUUAGAAAAAUUAGAAACUUUAAAGAAAGAAUUAAAUUUAAAAUUCCCAAGUUUACAAACAUUUAUUGGUAAAUUAGAUGUUUCUGAAAAAAAUUCAAUUCAACCUUUUUUGAAAAACUUACCAAUUGAAUUUCAAGAUAUUGAUAUCUUGGUUAAUAAUGCAGGUAAGGCAUUAGGUAAUUCAAAAGUUGGUGAAGUUUCAAAUGAAGAUAUUUAUGGAACUUUUGAUACUAAUGUCUUUGGAUUAAUCUCAAUAACUCAAGCAAUCUUACCAAUUUUCAAAAAGAAAAACUCUGGAGAUAUUGUAAACAUUGGUUCAAUUGCCGGACGUGAUGCUUAUCCUGGUGGUUCAAUUUAUUGUGCAUCAAAAUUUGCAGUUAGAGCAUUCACUGAAUCACUUAGAAAAGAAUUGAUUGAUACCAAGAUUAGAGUUAUUGAGAUCCAACCAGGUGCAGUGGAGACUGAAUUUAGUAUAGUUCGUAAUUAUGGUGAUGCUCAAGCUGCUAGUUCUGUUUAUAAAGGACGUGAACCAUUAUUUGCAGAUGAUAUUGCAGAAUUGAUUGUUUUCGCUACAACCAGAAAGCAAAACACUGUGAUUGCAGAGUUGUUGGUUUUCCCUUCGGAUCAAGCAAGUGCAUCCCAUGUUUACAAGAAGCCUGAAUAGAUUGAUAUAUU